AUGGAGAUCAAGGAUAUGAAGGAACUGAAAUGGCCAGUCAGAAUGAGGUCCCCACCCGAAUCCAGGGACAUGAACAAGUACUGUGAGUUCCAUCGGGAUCACGGGCAUACCACGGAGAACUUUAAGGCCCUGCAACGGGAGAUUGAAGCCCUUAUUAAAAGAGGACUCCUGAGCUCCUACGUCGGUAACGACAAACGCCCGAGGAAUGAUCGUGGCAGGGAAAAAGACCCUGAGGCAAAAAGGGAUGGUCAACCUACUGCUGGAACCAUCAAUAUCAUCAUUGGAGGUAUUGCCUCGGGAGGAGACUCCAACAGUGGAAGAAAACAAUAUGCCCGACGAUAUGCUUUGGCCUCUGGUAUGCCUCAGGGAAAGCUGGAGGAUAUUACUUUUGGGAUCGGAGACUUAGAAGGCGUAUCACUUCCACAUGAUGACGCCUUGGUAAUCUCAGCGAUUGUGGCCAAUUUCGAAGUAAAGAGGAUCUUGGUUGACAACGGGAGUGCGGCCAAUAUACUUUCACAAGAAGCUUUUGCCAAAAUGGGAAUCUCAUCUCACCAGCUCAAAGCGGUUAAAACUCCUCUCCAGGGGUUUGGUGGAGGAGUCAUCACUCCAGAAGGCGUAGUUGAACUUCCACUAACUUUGGGUUCCGGCCAAAAACAGGUUACGGAGAUGACAUCUUUUCAAGUGGUACGUGUCUCAAUGGCCUAUAACGCAAUUCUGGGAAGACCACUCUUGAACAAGAUUAAAGCCAUUGUGUCCACCUUCCACCUAGCCAUGAAGUUUCCAACAAAUAAUGGCGUUGGGGUUGUCCGUGGAGACCAGACAGCUGCCAGAUAA